GACCUAUAAGCUGCUCUGCUGCUUCUACGGCCUUUGCAACAUGUACUUUGCGUACUUUGCCUGUCAGCGCGCCGAAGGUGUUAGCCAGAUGAUCGUGGGGGAUGAUUGCAACGCUCAAGGUGGUUCCAGCGAUGGCGACGGAUCGUGCAAUGUUAUCACCCACGUAGGUUUGAUCGGUGCCGGUGUGUUGGAUUGUGCGAUGUCUUUGCUGAUGAUGGCGGCUGUCAUGUUGGGUUGGUCGAGAACGAUACGGAUGUACAUGGUUUACCUGUGGAUACGUUACCUCUUCUGCUUCUGCUUGUGGUUGGUUAUCUGGAAGGCAUUCGGUAGCUUGGAGCAGAUGCCCUACAUGCCAUUCUCCGUGUGGUGCCUGGUGCUGCUGCUGUGCAGUGUCUAUUACAGCCUUGAGCUCUGGAUAAUGAAGGGCACGUAUGAUGCCAUCAACCUCGAGUGUGGCAUCCGCGAACAGAAUGAUGCUGCCUGCUGCUGUCCCUCACUGUGUGCGGGAGGAUUUAUGGCCUAAAGGAAGUCCCUCCUGUCCCUCCGAGUUCUCGAGCAGC